AUUCCACCUUAUGAAGCUUAGCUAGCCCAGCCUACCAUCGCCAACUCUAAUUCCAUCCAUAUCAUCAGUGAUUUCACUAUAUAAAAUCCACCUUCAAUGGAACAUCGCAAACCAAAAGGCUUUAUCCUUCUUUUCAAGCUUUUGCAACCGUCCGACCGAUCAGAUUUCGAAUCAAAUGGCUGGCAGUGAAGCGAAAGAGCGCAAGGUCCUGGUGGCCGUGGAUGAAGGCGAAGAGAGCAGCUACGCCCUCUCAUGGUGCCUGAAGAACAUAGUCGCUGAAAAUUCCAAAGAUACCCUCAUCCUCCUCUACUCCAAACAACCUCCACCCCUCUACCCUGCCAUGGACGGAACAGGGUACUUGUUCUCGACGGAUGUAAUAGCGUCCAUGGAGAAGUACGGCAACGAGGUGGCUGAGUCAGUGAUGGAGAAGGCGAAGAAGCUUUGCAAGGAGGUUUACGAUGUUAAGGUGGAGCCGAGGGUGGAGUGUGGAGAUCCGAGGGACGUGAUCUGUAAGACGGCGGAGAAGUUGGGCGUCGAUAUGGUGGUGAUGGGAAGCCACGGCUAUGGCAUGAUCAAGAGGGCUUUUCUGGGGAGUGUGAGUAACCACUGUGCACAGAAUGUGAAGUGCCCUGUUUUGAUUGUGAAGAGGCCCAAAUCAGCUGCUCCCAGCACAUAAUAAUCUAACAUCUUUUUUUUUUUUUUUUUUCCAGUUUUCCUUUUCGUCUCUGUUUUGUUUGUUGUGGAAAUUUUCGUCAAUUCUUGUUCCUGUGUUGUACAGACGCUUGUGUUUGAUGUGGAGUAGACUACAUGUACUCUGUAGAGUUUAUUUCUUACUUUGCAUUUCAAUUUGCUGCACAGAGUAA